AUGCUGCGCAUCACAGCCACCAAGGCUAUCAGGCCCGCCACCACACGCGCUACGCUGACACAGACUCAGGUUGUCGCCCGCCGUCAAUCGUCGCAUGACAGCCACGACCACCACCACGCCGAGGAGCACCACAAGUUCGAGGAGGAGAACUUCAGCUCGCCGCUGUGGAAGUACUCGCUGGGCGCGAUCGGUGUGUUCUACUUGAUUGGCAAGUACGACGACUAUAUUGAGCAGAGCGGCAGAGUCCACCCGAUGACCAGACUCUACUCCACCAUUAUGACGGACAAAGUUGAGAACAGGCGCAUCUUCAGCGAGUACCAGAAGGACGUGGCCAAGGCCGCCGAGUUCAACAUCAUGCAGUGGGAGGAGAAGCGGAUUCUUGCCGGGUCGAUGGAUAACGCUGUGUACUACAAGCGCUCGGCCAAGUGGGGCGCGCCCGUCGGCACGCAGAUUAACAUGGAGGCCGCGAAGGGCCGCACGCCGGUCAAGGAGUAG